GCAAGCUGCUGUGUGUACCCCUCAACUAGACUUCCACUCCGUUGUUGACAUCAGAAAACAACCGGGAAGACAGAGCUUGCACAUCAGUCUUCGCAUUUGCCCUACACACCUGUAAAAAGGGAAGGAAUUCGAGGCUGAGCAGUAUUCAUAAUCCACCGCUUUCUCACCCGGGUCCAGAAACAACAACACACCUCUCAAAAUGCAUCCCGCUGACUGUGACAUCCAGCUGGAGACAAGUGGAGACAUAAAUAACCAAAGUCAUAAGGACGGGGACGAUUCGUGCCACAUUUCCACAGUGCCCCCUGGAUGGAUCAGAGAGGUGAAGCAGAGGAAAGCAGGCAAGACAGCAGGGAAACUGGACGUCUACAUUACAAGUCCCCAAGGGCAGAAGUUCCGGUCAAGAGCAUCCCUGCACGCUUUCCUCCUAAAAAACGGAGAUGGAAACCUAGACCUAAACCUCUUUGAUUUUACCGCCUCUGAGGCUGAUGUCAUCACCGCUUCACAAACACUCCCGUCUCCAAUGAAACAGAGGAGAACAAAGAAAAAACAUGCAGACAGACGGCAGAAGACGACACAGGAUGCAACAGAAAUCCUGGAUCCACCUCCAACUAAAUCUAAAAGAGCCUCCUCCUCUCCCAGAAGAACUAAAGAAGAAAAUGUGAAGAGUGUAGAUAAUUACAACCAUAUUAAUACUAUCAUUUUACCAGAGGUGCUAGAAGUGUGUAGGGCCAAAACUGAUGAGACUGUGAAGUGCUGCACACAAGUGGGGCCUUUAUCAACAGUGGAUGAUGUCAAACUGCAGAAGAGCCCUCAGAGAGUCGGGCUGAGGGAGAAGCUGUUCCGACUAGUUCCGUCUAGCAUACAAAAAGACACUUCCUGUGUUCACAAGGACGAACAGGCAGACUCGCAGCCUUCUAUCCCGACUCUGAAUGUUGAACCUGCCACUGAGAGUGAGAAUGAGGGAGAGGAGGAACAAGGCAGAGAGGAGAUACAGACUCACAGCAAAGGUGACAACGAGCCUAAUUCUGAACUGGAGACUGAUGCUGACAGGCAUCGGGAUGUGGAAGAGGAGGUGUUGUUACCUGACAACACUGGCAGAAGCUGUACACCAGUGAGAGAUUCCCAGAAUAAGUCCAAGAGCUUGGAAGACAAACGGAAAACAAGCCCUUAUUUCAGCGGAAAACUCUUUAAAGAUGGACUUAGCCCUCCCAGGAGAAAGGCCUUCAAGAAAUGGACACCCCCUCGUUCUCCAUUCAACCUUGUGCAGGAAACCCUGUUCCACGACCCCUGGAAGCUCCUGGUUGCCACCAUUUUUCUGAACAAGACCAGUGGCAAGAUGGCCAUUCCAGUUCUGUGGCAGUUCUUUGAGCGUUACCCAACCGCAGAGGUGACCCGGGAGGCCGACUGGAAGCCCAUGUCAGAACUUAUGAAGCCACUUGGCCUGUAUGAGCUUAGAGCCAAAACACUCAUCCGCUUCUCAGAUGAGUAUCUAACUAAACAGUGGCGUUAUCCCAUUGAGCUGCAUGGUAUUGGGAAGUACGGCAACGACUCGUACAGGAUCUUCUGUGUAGGAGAGUGGAGACAGGUGACACCUGAAGAUCACAAGUUAAACAAAUACCACGCCUGGUUGUGGGAGAACCAUGAAACACUUGGAAUCUGAAACACACAGUGUGAAGAACUGCAAAGAAGAUUUGCUGUGACACAUGAAAGAAAAUCAAUUAUAUCACAAACACUGCAGUUAUCCAGCUGUAUUAGCAUUACGAUGAACUAGCAGUGUUUGCAUCUCUUUAAAAAGUUUUACUCAGUGUUAAAUAAAA